GCGUCGUUGUCGGCGCCCGCGAUUCUUUUCCCCAAGCAAAUUGAACAAGAUGGAGAAUACCAGAGUGUUCGUCUCUGGCAUUCCUCCCACCCUGUCGAAUGAAGACUUGGGAAAACACUUCUCUUCUCGCUUCCAUGUAACGGAUUCUCAUGUUAUCCCCAAUCGUCGAAUUGGCUUUGUGGGAUUCAAAAAUGCAGAGAUUGCAAAGGAAGCUGCUAAAUAUUUCAAUAAAACUUUUCUAAGGAUGUCCAAGAUAUCCGUGGAAAUAGCUCGUCCCGCUGGAGAAAGCAAACCUACAAAGAAUAGGACCCAUUCCGACCAUGAUAGCACAUCCAAUGCUAGUAACCUUAAACGGAAGCGCGAUGAAACCUCAAAAGAUGAUCCUAAACUUCAGGAGUUUUUGAAUGUGAUGCAACAUUCCUCAAAGACAAGGACCUGGGCCAACGACGAUAUAAUUUCUGCUGCUCCUACCAUUAUAGACUCGUCGGAGCCCGCGAUUGUCAAAACAAAUGACGCUAGUCAGGACAAACCAUCUCGACCGGUUAAAAAGUCUAAAAUGGACGAAGUCGAGACUCCACGCCCGGCUUCAAAAACACCAGCAGUGCCAGCCGCCCAAGGUGGGGAUGAAGCACAACAUCAAGAUGACAACGCAGACAAAGAAGCCUCCGCAGAAGAAGAUCAGCCGAAGUCCGACAUGGAUUGGCUUCGUUCGAAAACGAGUCGACUGUUGGGUCUCCUGGAUGAGGAAGAAGAGACCGCGUCAGGCCCGCAGCCUCCUGCAUCGGCUAGUAGCACUGUUGAACCUAUUGAAGAAGAUAGUGACGAAGUUGAAGAGGCCCCAGUUGCAGAAGAACCUGCCGAAGAGAAGGACUAUAAUGCCGAUAUUGAACUUAUUCGCAUUUCCGGUCGACUCUUCCUUCGUAAUCUCGCCUACGAUGCUACCGAAGCAGAUUUGGAAACCCUCUUCGCUCCAUUCGGAAAGAUAGACGAGAUCCAUGUUGCCUUCGAUACCCGCACAACUUCCAGCAAAGGUUUCGCGUACAUACAAUACGUUGAUCCUUCAUCCGCAAUUGAUGCGUACAAGAACCUCGACGGAAAGGAUUUUCAAGGUCGCUUACUUCAUAUCCUACCGGCAUCUGCUAAAAAGUCAUAUAAGAUCGAUGAAUACGAAUUAUCCAAGUUACCUUUGAAGAAACAGAGACAGGUCAAGCGAAGAAUGGAAGCCUCUUCGUCUACCUUUAAUUGGAACUCUCUGUAUAUGAAUUCUGAUGCAGUCAUGUCAUCCAUUGCAGACCGACUUGGCGUUUCAAAGUCGGAUUUGCUCGACCCUACGUCUUCAGAUGCUGCUGUUAAACAGGCACAUGCAGAAACACAUGUCAUUCAGGAAACGAAGGCUUACUUUACCGCCAAUGGAGUAAACAUAGACUCUUUCAAGCAACGCGAGCGCGGUACAACUACAAUUUUAGUUAAGAAUUUUUCUUAUGGCGUCAAAGUAGCCGAUUUGAGAAAAUUGUUUGAGCCUUUCGGACAACUAACCCGGUUACUUAUGCCUCCCAGCGGAACGAUCGCUAUAGUUGAGUUCGCAAAACCUGACGAAGCCUCAAAAGCCUUCAAGGGACUUGCGUAUCGAAAGUUGGGCGAUUCUAUUUUGUUCCUCGAACGUGCGCCGAAGGACUUGUUCGAAUCACCACCCACAGGAUCGGCCUUGAUCUCAGGAGUCGAGGGACCGCAAGCUAAGGACCAAGGGUUCUCGGCUGCGGAUACAUUCGCCGCGGAAGACAACGAGCCUCAAUUGCCUACAUCGACACUGUUUGUCAGAAACUUGAACUUUUCUACAACCAGUGCACGCCUUACAGAAGUCUUCUCAUCUUUGGAUGGGUUCCUGACAGCUAAAGUUAAAACCAAAACCGAUCCGAAACGACCGGGAGAAACACUCAGUAUGGGCUUUGGCUUUGUCGAGUUUCGGACUAAGGAGCAAGCCCAGGCAGCUCUGGCUGUUAUGGAUGGUUAUACUCUGGAUCAACAUAAGCUUGUGGUAAAGACAUCUCAUAGGGGCAUGGAUGCAGCAGAAACUAGACGACAAGAAGACAAUGCCAAGAAAGUGGCUGCAAGAAGAACCAAGAUUAUCAUCAAGAACUUGCCAUUCCAAGCCACCAAACAUGACGUUCGAUCCUUGUUUGGCGCAUAUGGACAGCUUCGGUCCGUGCGAGUUCCGAAGAAGUUCGAUCGUUCAGCUCGUGGUUUCGCUUUUGCUGAUUUUGUAAGCUCUCGCGAGGCAGAGAACGCCAUGGAUGCCUUGAAGAAUACCCAUCUUUUAGGCCGAAAGUUGGUGCUUGAAUACGCCUCUGCAGAAGCAAUUGAUGCCGAGGAGGAGAUUCGUAAGAUUGAAAAGAAGACUGGACAGCAAUUGGAUAGGCAAAAACUGCAAAGUCUUACUGGAACAGGAAGGAAGAAGUUUGUUGUAGGGGCAGCAGAGGACGAGGGUUAAUAAUUGUCUAGAGCCUGCCGAUAGGGUUGAAUACAGGGAAAAAAGAUGGUCGAAAGUCGAAAUUCUGCGAGUGCAGGUUGUCGUAUCCCUUGCGUGGCGGAUCUCAUUCGCAUAUGCUCCUUCAACACGUUCUCCUUCAUUAGGGCUGCUGCAAUAUGCACUACCUGCAGCGAACCUCGUGCUUCCCGCCUUAGACAACAAAUCCAGGCACAAAUCCGAUGUUCCCAUGUUCCUCCUUAUCCGCGUACUCCUGAGACAACAACCACGUCCUUCGCACUUCUAUGUACCUUGAACACGGACACAGAUCAGGAUUAUAAUGUACCUGAAUGACCUACAUUCUUGUCAGUUAGCCUUUAAUUUCCGCAACAUUCUUGCACGACAA